UCAGAUAGGUAGAUAGUAAUUUCCAACUAAUAUUGUUACUAUGGGCUAUGCAAAAUAAAAUAGCAAAGUAAUACAAGAAUAAAUUGACUAUGCUGUGUAGAUGAUCAAUGAUAAACUCAUUGUGAAUAGCUCUCAUAGUUAUUAGGUGACUAGGGGACUGUACACAGCUCUCUCUCUAAAGCAUGUGUGGUCUGAGGAGGUUCCUCCUGUGCUAUGCUUUUUACAGGACUCUGAUGCUGCGCAUGGAGAACGUGUCCUACGUGGCCCUGAGGCAGCCCAUCGUGUUUGAGCUGGAGGGCUUUGAAGUGUCUCGGAGCCAUGGUUACCCCCUGUUUGCCCUGGUCCUGGCCAUCUACUUCCUGGUGCUGCUGGGGAACGUGGUUGUGAUGGGUGUGAUUGCAAUAGAUAAGACGCUACACAAGCCUAUGUACGUGAUGGUAUGUAACCUGGCUGCCUGUGACCUGCUGGGAGGAACGGCUGUGAUGACUCAGCUCAUGGUCAUCUUCCUGAUGGGGGAGAAGAGGAUUCCAUACAACAGUGCCUAUGCUCAGGCCAUCUGUGUUCACACCUAUGGUGCAGCUGUACAGACCAUACUGUCAGCCAUGGCCUAUGACAGGUAUGUGGCAGUGUGUGAACCAUUGAGGUACCAUGCAAUCAUGACCACGGCCCACAUGGUUUUUGUGAUCUUGCUGGCCUGGGCUGUCGCAAUCAUCCUUAUAGCUGUGCUCUUCGCUUUGAAUGUGGGUACUCCACUAUGUGGCACCUACAUCAGGCAUGUCUACUGCAGCAACCGCUCCAUCCUGAACCUGGCCUGUGUGCCCACCCCCAUUAACGAUAUCUACGGUUUGUGCAUGACUUGGAUUCUCAGCAGCAGUUCCUUCCUCAUCAUCUUUUUUUGCUAUGCCAAGAUCCUGUCAGCCUGUCUGAUGAGGAAGAGUGACAAGGGCAGUCGUAGUAAGGCCCUACAGACCUGCGCCUCUCACCUGGUCAUCUACUUGAUCUUCGAAAUUGUCAGCCUCAUCAUUAUCCUCAGUAACCGCUUCCCCCAGGUCCCAAUGAACAUCAAGAAGUUCUGCACUAUCCUAAUCUUCAUCGUUCCCCCUCUAAUUAACCCUAUCAUCUAUGGAUUUGUCACUAAAGAGUUACGUACAAGCAUUAUAAAGCUGUUGAAAACACGGGUCGCACCCAAACUGUAAAAUGUUUGACAGUUUACUGUGACAUCCCCACCGUACCCAUCGUUCCAGAUAGAGAACAUGCAUAUAAUAAUAACAGAGGUCAUCUAACAGGUUGCAGGGAAAAGAAUAUGGCCAAUGUAAAAGAAAUUUGAAUGAAGUUAAUUUACUGUAGUGGCCUCCAGUGGGUACCCAAAGUGCUGUACAGUAUGGCUUAGUGAGCAUUGAAUGUGUAGCGGGCUUGUAGUAGGAAUACAGUAUUUGUUUGAAAACAAUUAUAAUUAAAAGUUACAUUCCAGAAGAGAUAGCAGAUAAUACAAGUAUGACAUGAUGUGUGUCUCUAGCUCAUGCUGUUUAAUUACCAUGGUGGUUAGAAUAUGACACAUGACUUUGUUGUGCCAUUGUGAAUUUGUGUAGCUGUUACAUUUGUUUUGUUAUUAAAAUGACAGCAUGUUCAAUGUGGAUAAUAAGUAAACAUACAUGAUACCAUUAA